AUGGCGUCGUCGCUCCUCCCGGCGUUCGCGGUGCGGCGGGGCGAGCCGGUGCUGGUGGCCCCGGCGGAGCAGACGCCGAGGGAGACCAAGACGCUGUCCGACAUCGACGACGGCGAGGGCAUGCGGUUCUACAGCUCGGGCAUCCACCUGUACCGGGCUAACCCGGACAAGCAGGGGGUCGACCCGGCCGCCGUCAUCCGGGAGGCGCUGGCCAGGGCGCUCGUGCCCUACUACCCGCUCGCCGGCCGCCUGCGCGAGGAGGCCGGGAGGAAGCUCGUCGUCGACUGCGAGGCGCAGGGCGUCAUGUUCGUCGAGGCCGACGUCGACCUCACCGCGGCUGACUUCGGGGACGUGCAGAGCCCCCCGUUCCCUUGCUUCGAGCAGUUCAUCCUCGAGAGCACCACCGUCGCCGGCGUCGAGCCCGUCAUCGACCGCCCCUUGCUCUACAUCCAGGUGACGAGGCUCAAGUGCGGGGGCUUCAUCUUCGGGCAGCGUUUCUGCCACUGCGUGGCGGACGCACCGGGCGGGAUGCAGUUCGAGAAGGCCGUCUGCGAGCUGGCGUGCGGCGCCGCCGCACCGUCGAUCACGCCGUCAUGGGGCAGGGAGAUGUUCAUGGCGAGGCAGCCGCCGCAGCCGUCGUACCCGCACCUGGAGUACAGCGAGCCGGCGGGCGGGCCGGUCGACCGGAUGCUGACGACUCCUCCCGGCGACGUCGCGCGCGUGCUCUUCUUCUUCGGGCCACGCGAGAUCGCGGGGCUGCGGCAGCGCGCGCCGCCUCACAUGAGCCGGAGCUCCCGGUUCGAGCUGGUGGCGGCGUGCAUCUGGCUCGGCCGCACGGCGGCGCUCGGCUACGGCGCCGACGAGGAGGUGCGGCUGUCCUUCAUCGUGAACGCGCGCGGCCGCCGCGACGUGCCGCUCCCAGAGGGCUUCUACGGGAACGCCUUCGCCUACUCCGUGGCGGCGACCACGGCCGGGGAGCUCUGCGCGGGCGGGCUGGGCUACGCGCUGGAGCUGGUGAAGAAGGCCAAGUCGGCGGUGACGUACGACUACCUGCUGUCGGUGGCGGACCUGAUGGUGCUCCGGGGGCGGCCGCUGUUCGCGCUGUCCCGGACGUACAUCGUGUCGGACGUGAGCCACGCCGGGUUCAAGAGCGUGGACUUCGGGUGGGGCGAGGCCGUGUACGGCGGGCCGGCCAAGGGCGGCGAGGGGCCGAUCCCCGGCGUGACCAACUACUUCUCCAGGUCCAAGAACGGCAAGGGGGAGGAGAGCACCGUGGUGCCUAUCAGCCUGCCCAAGGACGCCAUGGACAAGUUCCAGCUCGAGGUCGAAGGCCUCACCGCCGAGAUCUAG